ACCGAAUUACUUGUCUCCCCCCCCUCUCCUCUUCCCCUUCCUUUUCCAUCGGAAAAUCCAUACUCUCAUUUCGGGGAACUGGGAUUAAUCACCUGAUCUUUCUUCUCUAGCUUUGGGGGACUAUACCUGAUAACUUGAGCUACGAAAACCCCUUAACGAAGCAAUACAAGAAUACGGGUAGUCAUGAGUCUUGAUACGCUUUCUUAUGCUGCUCCUUCCAGGAUCAAGGCUUUGAUUCUACCCCUGGGGAGAAUCAAGCGAUCCAGAUUUUCGUCGUUUGUUACCAGGCUACAGAGUUCAAAUAUCGUGCGGUUGGGAGAUGUGACACCGGAUUCAACGCCCAAUCCAAGUACGUACACCCGGAUUCUAUUGCUCGGUUGUGGCUUGGGUUGGGGUUGGAGAUAGCUAAUUUAACCUUUCAGCAUUGUUUAGUCCUCAAGGAUUUCCGAGUGGGCAGUUAAUUUACGACUUGACGAUUUCUUUCGAUAAGGAACAUGAGUACUUGGAAUCGUUUGAACCUCAUCGGAGGACAUACCUUAUUAUCGCGGUAGCGGACCAUACCGAGAGUAAUGACCUAGAAGCGCUUUCUCAACAACUGGGGGAAUUGAAGUUUCUGGUAAUCAACCUUGAAGUUUGGGACACAGUUGUUUUAGCUGAAAGAAAUCUAUCCAGUAUCCGCGAGCUUUAUAUCAUAUAUGCUUGGUCUUCGAUUCGCCGCCUGUCCUACCCAAUCCGAAGGAGUCACCGGGAUCAGAAGGUUACAGCGAGGAACGACUGGUGUUUAUACCUGUGCCGGUGAAGCGAGAGUCCAGAUCUCCGUCUAUGCGAACCAUAAUGUGUGACAUCACCUCUAUACUGCUUUCCGAAUUGAGUGGGCUUGCAAGGGCCAUCCAGGCAUUCCCGACCAUCGAUUCUCCACUGUCUUCGGAGAACCAGGCGGCUAGUGCUUUGGGUGCGUGGGACCACAGAAUGAGUAUGCCGGUUGGAUUGGGUACCAAUUUAUCCGUUGCUGGAAACACUGGAGUGGCGAGCAAGAGGGUCACUAUGACGGGUUUCGGGAGUGCCAGUGUGAGCGAGAGGGCGAGGAAUAAAGGGAAAGGUAGGGUGAAUGUAGUUAUAGCUUCGUUAUACCUAUUGGCCGGGAGAAUACCAGAUGCCCUAAAAGAGUGAGUCUUGACUCUGCGUUCGUUGAAAUGUGGCUAAUGUUUGUUUUGGAGGGUUUUAGGUUUGUGGAGGGUGGCAAUGUUGCGAAGAGUAAUAAUGACCAUUUGUGGCAUGGGAAAGCACUCGAAGGAAUUGGUAUAUGUUUGGCUAUUCUUGUCCACCUGAAAGUGGAUUUUCAGGUUUGUUCACCCUUGGUUAUCAUGCGAUAUCUUAUUGAUGUGGAGGUAUAGAUGCCGUUGAUACCAUAUCCUACAGUUGAAGUUACUAAAGCCACAAAAUCUUCACAAUCAAACUCAAAGCCUGUAACAACGUCACCUGAUCCUGGUGGGGCCACUGACGCUGCACUUUCGGCAUCUCCGGCAAAGAUCAAUGAGCUUUUGGGGGAGUUGUUGGAGACCGUCCUUAAUCUUUACACGCGUUCUGCAAACUUUGCAGGAGAGAGUAUCCCACAAAUAUGUUUUUCAGAGACUAUAAUCAGGUUCAGUAAACUUCGGGCUACAACUUGUAUUACUGGUGGCCUGAAUGAUGAAUCUUUGGAUCAUAUCAUAUUUGGAAAGCCAUUACCUACAGGAAAGAAUCUGAAAAUCAUACCAUACAGGGCCGAGAUUUCUUCACUGGUAAUGAGGGGGUACCCAUUCCCGCUGGAGUCAUUGACGGUUCUUGAUGCUACGCGGGUGUUAAGUGGGAUAGCUAGUGUUUUGGGCGUGGUUGGGUCGAGGCGGAGAAAGGCUUUGGUGACAAGGGAAUUGGUUAAGAUAUUGAUACCCGGCUUGAUUCAGGCAAGAGUUGUAGGCGCAGCUGAAGUCGGUGUUCAUCCGGCUGCUGGAUUAAGUGCUGUCAGUGGUGGCGCUCUGGGAGGCUCCCCAUUGGAUCUGGGAGAGGGUGAUGCGGAGAGCGGCGUUAUGGAGCUAUUGGAAGAUCUUUGCAGAGCUUAUGGUGUGUUUCCUGGCAAAAAGGAUAACGAUAAAUCGUCUGGCACUGCAGAGGGGAAGGAAAGUGGUGAUGAGGGAAUAACUUCAUCUUUAGCCACUGCAGAGGUUAUAGCUGAACAGGAGAUACGGGCUUUCGGUUGGCCUGCCCUGAAAAUUCAUGUCUUGAGAAAUUGUACGGCUCUCUGUGAAGCAUUGCCGGAUUUCCAUGGCGUAUUGAGAUUUACUACUCAGCUGUUAAGAACUGCUGACGCCGAUCUCACAAAAGAGGAACAAAUAAGACUGUCCACGACAAUUUCACGGACAAUAGGCGCUGCGCGAAAGUUGGGUCUGCCAAAUGUGGAGGCAGAUUACUGGGAUCAAUUUCUAUUGAGAGAUGUGGAAGUAGUGGAGAAUUCCAUGUGGAGGCCACCAAUAUCACACUCUAAGAAUGAGUUGAUCGGUGCAGAUUCAGACACGCCUCCAUCGGCGCCAAUUGAAGUCGAUAAGAACCCAUUCAUCUACAACCCGUUUCUAAAGAAGGCGGAGGCGGCUAUUGCCGAGCCGGUAUUGGUUAAGGGCGAGGCGGCGGAGUUUCGGGUGACACUGCAGAACCCAUUUGAGUUUGAUAUCGAGGUCGAGAGCGUCACAUUGGAUGCUACAGGAGUUGGACUAGACGUGCAAAAGGUUGGUGUUGUUAUCAACCCGUACAGAACGUGCCAAGUUGCGGUCCAUGCCACGCCCCAGGAGAGUGGAAGUAUCAAGGUUACGGGGUGCAGGAUCAAGGUGUUUGGGUGUGGGACGAGGGGAUUCCCGAUAUUUACCGACGGGCUGGAUAACCGGGAACGAGAUACGAAGAGGAAGCGAUAUGGGCUUAGGGCAGCGGAUUCUAGGCCUGAGAGGCCAGUGUCGACUGUCUCUGGGCGACUAUCCAAACCACCACCACAAUUACAUCCUAUUCCAAAGAAUCUGGAUUUGACUGUGGUUGAGCCACAACCUCUGCUUGUGGUGAAGUCGACAAGUCUUUCCCAAAGCGCUCUCAUGGUGCUCGAGGGCGAACGUAGGAUUUUUAAUAUUACUUUUAAGAACCUGAGUGGCACAGAUGUGGACCUUUUGGUAUUUAGUUUCAGAGACUCUACUACGGGGAGAAUUCAGCAAGCUCUUGCUGAGAAAGGAAAUAGCCAGGCGGAGAUGUAUGAGCUAGAGCUGAUGUUGGCAAAAAAGAGAGCCUUUGUUUGGCAUCGGGAGAAUAAGGAAAUACAGGGUACUAGCGGGGCCUCGAAUGGUGGCGAUGGGGAGGAAUUUGUGAACAGAGCCGGAGAGAGGGUAGUCUUCGUCCCAGCACAUGGGGUGGCAACCUUUGAGGUUGAGGUACUGGGAAAGCCCGGAUUGACACAUGGAAGUGUCCAAGCAGACUACGGGCAUUUGGGGAUACCACGGAACGAGGUGGCCGAUAAAUUCUACACACGUCAGGUCAUCUUCCCAGUCACUGUAACGGUGAACGCAAGUAUCGAGUUGGCCCGUGUGGACUUUGUCCCUUUCAGUACAGAUCUCCAAUUUGACUCUUUCAACAACACACGAAUGAAUGGAGUGGAAGGACUAAAAGACGAUCGAGAGGGCGUCGGCCAGAAGGGCCAAUUCAAGGAGCUCUUCCGAAGAAUGGGCUUAAAAGACGACCCAGGGCAAUACUGCUUAAUGCUCCUUGACCUCCGAAACGCCUGGCCUCAUGCUCUUAAGAUUAGGAUGAACGUCCGAGACCCCUCCUCUAAAAAUGCUGGAGACCCAGAAUACGGCUGGGAAGACUCCUUCUAUGCCGAGGACGUUCUCCAGGCCGGCCACACUUCCCGUGUCAUCUUGCCAAUAAAACGCAUAUUCCUGCAAAAUCCCUCGCAGCCAAUCCCUUCUCUAUCUGCGAACCAACGUCAAUUUGUUGUCUCAACGGCGAAAAUAUCGGUAGAGCAAGAGCGCCAAUCCCGCGAAUCAUUCUGGUACCGCGGGGAAGUCCUCGACUGCGUUCGCGGACGCUGGGAGGAGUUGGCUACGGGGAGGUCGGGGGACAUAGAACUUCGUGGGAUCCGGCUAAGCCCUAGAAUGGUUGAGACUAUCCGCAUAGAAGAUAUUGGCAUCGACGUUUCCGUGCGGCAGGUGGAGGAGCAGGUCCGCAAGAUUGGUCCGGCAAAGUACCUUGUCGUCACAGAUAAUUUCUUGACACUUGUCACUACGCUGACGAAUCGGACAGCGAGGGCGGUAACCCCACUGCUUAGGCUCCUACCGGCGCUCAGGAAUCAGGGGGCUAACAGCGGGGCCGCGAUGGAUUUGACCAGAAGGCUUGCGUUUAACGGGUUAUUGCAGCAGAGCUUGCGGCCGUUGGAGCCCGGGGAGGUCAGGGUUGUGGAGACUGGGUUUGUAGUGCUGUGUAAGGGUGAGUUUGAAGUUAGCGCUAGCAUUGAAGAGGUUAAGAGGGGUAGUGGUGGUGGAAGGGAUGGGGCAGGCGGGGGUGGGUAUGAGGGGAUCCUGGGACCGGAUGGGAUUCCUAUUGAUGUGGUUGCGAAGAUGAUUGGGAGGAAGACGUGGGUUUCUAGGGAAAUGUGUGUUAUCGUUGCUAGGGAUUUGGAGUAGUUGUUUUUGUGUAAAUAUAGUUUGUGAGGGAGUUUAGGAUAUCCUGUGGUGGGUAGGGAGUAAGGCAAGGUAUCUGAAGGACAGGAUAUCAUUGAAAGCUGAGAAGUCAAUCAUUACAGUUUGGCAGGGUCAUAAUAGAUCAUUUGCUCUCACUCACUCUCACGCAUACCCUACCUCAUCAAACCGUUCGCCUAUUUCAGCUAGCAAUUGAUAGCAUCACAUGGCGUCAUUCCAUUCAAUCUCAUCCCUCGUUAGCCCGUCAAUACACCACUAAGCUAACCCGAGAAAGCCAACCACCACCGUCACGCCAACAACCAAAACCGCACUGACCCCCAACCCCCCUGCGGCAUCCUUCUCAUCCCCCGAACCCCCCCCGGACCCACCCGACGCUGCAGCCGAACUGGUAUUCUCUCCAGAGGGAGUAUUACUCUCGUCAUCCUUCAACGUCCUAAUCUCAAUACCGUCGAUCUGGACACCGGCGCUGGUAAAGACCUUGUGGGGGGUCUUGGUCUGCGUUACGGGGACCAGUUUACCGAGAUUGGUAUUCCCGGAGCCCUUCUCCAGGAUGUCAGCGGCGGGAUUGGGCGAGAGGGUUGUAGAGGUGUUGAAUUUCUCCGAGUGGCCCUGGAGGAUGAAAGUGUCUUCGCACUUGGGGUGGCGGGCUGCAGUUGUCGCAGAGGAUUUGGUCUUGAUGAGGUCAAGGCUUAUGUUGUUGUAUUGGCUCUGCAGGUUAUCGAAGUCCUUGAGAAGUCUUGCGUCGCCGUUAGAGUCAAUCUCGACAAUACCGUAGUCGCUUUUCUCUUGGGAGUAUUCGUAUAG